CGGGGGACAGUGAGUAGUCUGAAGACCAGUUGGCUCUGCCCACCGGGAGGAUGAAGUCUUCUCCUACUGCUUUCUCCUUCCUCUUUCUUGCAGCUGCUCUUGGGCUUCAGGCCCAGAUCAUACAUGCAACAGAGACAAAAGAGGUCCUGGAGGCAAAGGAAGGACUUGAACCUGACGUGCUUCCCCUGGGCUUUGGAGAGUCUUCAGACUGCUGCUUCUCCUAUACCUCAUGGAUCAAGUGUUCAAGAUUUGUAUAUUAUUUUCCAACCAGUGGUAGUUGUCUCAAGCCAGGCAUCAUCUUUGUCACCAAGAAGAGGAACCAGGUCUGUGCCAACCCCAGUGAUCAGAGAGUUCAGGAGUGCAUAAAACGCCUGAGGCAAAACCCAAGACCUGGGAACCAAGCCAUUGUGUGAGAAGGAGGGCAUAUAUUGCCAACCACUUUCUUCUGCCUUCCCCAGUGACUGCCUAAGAGGUUGUCAGCGUUUUUUAUUUUUUUAUUUUUUAUUAAUAUAAAAACAUUUACUUUCCUGUUCCGGUUUAGAACAACACAUCUAGCUUUGUCACAGGGGGAUCUUGUCUGUGCCAAGCCCAGUGAUCUGAAAACUGAGAAGUGCAUGAAAAGCCUGAUGCUGACCUCAGUGACAACACAUAACAUUUAAUUAAGAUAAGGGGGCAAAGGCUGGAAAGAUGGUUCAGCAGUUAAGAGCACUGACUGUUCUUCCAGAGGACCUGGGUUCAAUUCCCACUCAGAUGGCAGCUCAAACUAUCUGUAAUUCCAAUUCCAGGGGAACUGAUACCCUAGUCUGCUCUUUAAUUAAUAGCAUUUACAGUAUUUUUAUGAAUUCAGCUUGACAUGACUAGCACCACCUUGAGCUGUAACCAUGAUUGCCUCAGAAUGAAUAACUCUUGGGUUUUCUUGCAUAGUUUCCCAGCAGAUUAUAAAUGGAUAAACUGAGAGUGGUCUGUGGGGCUUGGGAAGGUGCCUGGUUCUGAUAUGAGCUUAAGGCAAGCCGGAUACAUUCAACUAGGAUGAAAUAAAUCCUGCCUUAGCCUAUACAUAUGCCUGUCUUUGUGGGGACCCAGCUGAUCUUCCUGCAGCCCCCAGAUCAGUAAGCCCCCUAAUGAAGAUCGUCCAUGCAGUCACAGGUCUGCCUGUCUCUUGUUCUUCAGUUUUGUAGGACCAUGGGUUGAAAUUGGGCUGUUGGGGAGGAAGUGUCUCACUCACUUUAUUUGAAUCUCCAGCAGGGAGAAAACAGGGGGAAUCACACAACUUUGUCUGUUUUCUUCAAGACAAAAGACAUUGUGGUAUAAUUUUAAAAUUUCUAAGAACACAGCUUAUUCCAAGGUAGACUUCAUAUAAAAGACAUACAUUACCCACUACUGAAGGAACCAUUACAUUGAUCUAAGAAUCUUAGGGGUUAGUCCUUGUUUGAAGGGGUCCUCAAUUCCAUUCCAUUGAUCAGUUUGUUUUUGCACCAGCAUCAUGCUGUUUUAUUACCAUGGCUCUGUAAAUGAUAAUCCCUUCAGUGGUGUUUUUGUUUUUCAGGGUUGUUGGGUUAUCUAAGAUUUUUUGUGUUUCCAUAUGAAUUUUAAGAUUGUUAUUUUCAAAUUCUGUGAAGAACUGCAUUGGAAUUUGGAUGGAGAUGGCACUCAAUGUGUAGAUUGUUUUUGGUAGGAUGGCCUACCAAAUCACAAUAUUAAGCCUACA